AUGUUUACUAAACUUGCAUCUAAAAUGGGUAUAACCUCUGCAAGAAUUCUACGGUGAGUCUGUAAAACGAUAAUAUUAGCUAGCUUGUAUACUUGAGACGGGACCAUCGUCCAAUUAAAAUGUACCAUUGACUUUAGGUAGCUACAGGAGCUAGCUAGCUAAUCUGCUUGCCAACAGCUGCUAUUAUUCAGCUGCUUGAUAUCGUUUCCUAAACUCUUGUUUGUAUCAACAUUACAGCCAAGCAGAGGAGUACGUGCGGUUAUCCCUGGUUAAAUGCACAGGACUCGGAAAUACGACGGGUACAAGUAAAGCAGUAAUAUGCCUAGAGCUGGCAGCAACGUCAAUGAAGUUACCCCUGGACAAAGUAAGUUUUUUUGUAUUAGCUUUGUGAUGACAAGGCACCUCACCUGUUAAUCAAAUAACUAAAUGUCCUGGUAAUGCUCAGCAAACGUGCCCUAUGAACUGGUUUUGUGCUAUUUCUUCAGGAAUAUGCCGUCAAAUUAUCCGGGUUGAACAAGAAACAGUAUCAAAGCACUCUGAAGGCCAUAGAAUGCAUGCUUGGCCUUGAGUCUCACCUGGGCCUCCGAGACCUUGCUGUUCAGUUUGGGUGCAUGGAUGCAGUCAAAAUAGCAACCCAAAUAUUAGAACGGUGAGAGCUUGAAGAGUAGCCUACAUCUGGCCAACACAUAACCAUUCUUCAAAUAUUUUGUAAGGUGCAAUAUUCAGCAAGUCUUAUACAUCUUUCCCGAAUAAGACACCGUCCCAAAUAUCAUAACGUUGGUCAAUGUAAAUGUGUUAAUUUAAUAUGAUUAAUUCAUGUUUGUUCCAGGUAUGAAGCAAGCCUUCCUGCUGCACAGCAGAAAGAUGUGGACCUGUCAAAACCCCUCUUCACUACAGCUGCUUUGAACGCUGCAUGCAAGUGAGUGUUACUGUAUUCUGUUUCUUUAUAAACCAUUCAACCUGAUUUUUAAUUAAACCUAAUCACUAUCCCCAUGGACCUCUCCAGAUGCUUGAAGAUCAAAGUGGACAGGAAGCUGGUAGCAUCAUCUGGUGCUAAAAAGGGAAUCUUUGACAGGCUGUGCACCCAGCUCCAGAAACUGGGACAGGACAUCUGCAGUAAGUCUGCUGUCAAAUGAUAAAGGGGUUUGACUAACAUAUGGUGGGAAAUGGGUGAAAGCCCAGGAAGGGCUUUUGGAUUUAGAAACUUACUUCCGAGCCAUAACGUUCUGUUAACUAACAUUACCUUUUUCUGCGACAUACGCUUCAGAAAGCUGGGGGUUUGAAUUAUUGUGGCCUUUUUCAUAGUGGCCAUUUGUUGUGUAGAAUUUUUACUUUCCUGGGUAAAAAGAGUAUGUAGGUAAUUCCUCUCUCUCUCCUUGUUGUCGUGGUUACAGCCUGGUGGGAGAGAGUGGAUGUUUUUUAUUUUAGGACUGAAAACCUCAACAGAGCGUUGGUCUCCCGAUCAAGGAUAUCCCGAUCGCUGCAUACAACAUGCCUAUUACAAGAAAUCUCGGAAUGUCGUGGCUGAAAUCAUUGUCUGCAGGCGGUAGGGAGAGUGAGUUCAGGUGUGGUCCUCUCUCCCAGGGAUGAUCUUUAAGUAUCUCUUGAUUUUUCUCCCUAAUAGAAGAAGCCACUCCACUGAAGAAUCCAGUUAAAAUGGCACAGAAAAGACAGAAAACACUCAUAGAAAGUAUUGAACAAAAAGAGGAAGGUAAGUGUGACCAAAUAAUAACUAUACCAAAUUCCUGAUUAUGUCCUGAGAAGUUUGUAACUCUUAAUCUUUGCUGUAAUGCGGGGUUAAAACAGUGUUAGAGGGAAUAUUUUGUGCAGUCUAUCAAGGCCCUUUCCUCCUCUCCCUUUCAGAGGAAAAUCUGCCAACAUCUCAAAAACAGCAAAAAGAGGUCUCUGAGGAGAGUGCAACACAGGAUUACGAAGAGUGGAAGCAAAGAAUCUUGGAAAAUGCCCUUAAAGCCAAACAAGCCAAUGCAUAA